UAGUCUAGAGGUGGAAGAGAGAUUGUUUUGAGAAAGAUGGUUUCAAUUCAAUCGCAAUCUCUGGUGCCGGUGUCCUGCGGACAGGCUCUUCUCGGUGUGGGCUGUUUGGCUGUCGCCCUCCUCGCUUUUCUGCUGGUUCGCCAGCUCGUCAAGCAGAGAAGACCACCGGGCUUUCCUCCUGGUCCAUCUACCAUCCCUGUGAUAGGAAACAUUAUAUCUUUGGCCACCGAGCCGCACGUCUUCCUCAAGAAGCAGAGCGAAGUUCAUGGACAGAUUUUCAGUCUGGACCUGGGAGGCAUCCUGACGGUGGUAUUAACUGGAUAUGACUGUGUCAGGGAAUGCCUCUACAAUCAAAGCGAGGUGUUUGCUGAUCGUCCAUCGCUGCCUUUAUUCAUAAAAAUGACCAAAAUGGGUGGGCUUCUCAAUUGUAAAUAUGGCAAAGCCUGGAUUGAACACCGUAAACUGGCUUGCAACUCUUUCCGUUACUUCGGCAGCGGCCAGAAAGAGUUUGAGAGGAAGAUCUCAGAGGAGUGCAUGUUCUUUGUCGAUGCCAUUGACGAACACAAGGGGAAACCCUUUAACCCCAAACACCUGGUAACCAACGCCGUGUCCAACAUCACCAACCUGAUCAUUUUCGGUCAGCGUUUCACUUACGAUGACCGCAACUUCCAGCACAUGAUCGAGCUAUUUAGUGAGAACGUGGAGCUAGCAGUGAGCGGCUGGGCACUCCUCUACAACGCCUUCCCUUGGAUUGAGUAUUUGCCCUUUGGGAAACACCAGAAGCUGUUCCGCAAUGCUGCUGAGGUGUACGACUUCUUGCUGCAGGUUAUAAAGCGGUUUUCACAGGGCAGGGUGCCACAUGUACCUCGCCACUAUGUUGAUGCCUAUUUGGAUGAGUUGGAGCGGAGCACAGGAGAACCUGACUCCUCUUUUUCCUAUGAGAACCUCAUCUAUUCAGUGGGUGAGCUCAUUAUUGCUGGCACAGAGACCACGACAAAUACCCUGCGCUGGGCCAUGCUGUACAUGGCUCUCUACCCCAACAUACAAGAGAGGGUGCACAGGGAGAUCGACAGCGUGCUGGCCAAUGAGAGGGCACCCACUUGGGAGGACAAACAGAAGAUGCCCUAUGUGGAGGCUGUUCUGCACGAGAUCCUUCGCUUCUGCAACAUUGUCCCCCUUGGUAUUUUCCGUGCCGUCUCCCAGGAUGCAAAAGUCAACGGGUACACAAUUCCCAAAGGCACCAUGGUGAUCACAAACCUUUAUUCAGUGCACUUUGACGAGAAGUACUGGAGCGAUCCAGGUGCUUUCUCACCACAGAGGUUUCUGGACAGCAAUGGUAACUUUGUGAGGCGUGAGGCCUUCCUGCCAUUCUCCCUGGGGAGGCGGUGUUGCCUGGGUGAACAGCUGGCCAGGAUGGAGAUGUUCCUCUUCUUCACCACUUUGCUGCAGAGGUUUCAUCUUCAGUUCCCUCCAGGAAGCAUUCCCAGUGUCACUCCCAAACUGGGCAUGACCUUACAGCCCAAACCUUACUCCAUCUGUGCUGUCCGCAGGCAGCAGAAAAGUCCCUGCUUUGGAGACACUCCUUAUCACAAUUAGGCAAACAACAAUUAAAUACAGCUUGUUAAAAUAUUCAAGCCAGAAUUAAACUAGUUUGCAGAGCAACGCAACCACAUGAUACAGGUGCAUAAAGGUGUAUCGCUCUGGACUGUAGCGUCCAGUUCCUGUGCAUCACAGUUUUUCCA